AUGGAAUUUUAUGCAGAAAACGACCGACUUUGCAUUCACAACACAAACCGCAAUCUUCUGACCCUUGAGCUCUCGUUCAUCGAGGAAAAAGAAGUUAAAAAACCGGUAACCACUCCUUUGUUGCACCCUGAGCCACCAUCGGUUAUCAGCGACAUAUCGCUUCGUGAGAACAUACACAUCGAAGUUGAACAUCCAUUCAGUCAGCACUUCAAAUUCCACCACAAAUUUUUGGUUAAGUACCUGUUGAGCAUAAUUUAUGACGGGGAAGUUCACUUAAAGGUGACAUGCUUUGAGGAUGAAUUGAAAUUUGAUGCUGUCUUUGAAACGUUAAGUGAGCUGUUGAGACGAAAGGAUGGCACACAGAUGGAAAUAGUCUGUGAUGAUGUGCACAAGAGAAUUUCUGUUGCAGGACGGGUAGUGUAUGAAACCAGAACAUUUUUUUGACUGGCCAUAUUCUGUAAUAAAAUGCGCC